AUCAAAUUGAACUAUACAAAGAAAAAAAGCUGUAGAAAUACUUAACACAGAAAGUAAAAGAGAGUGAUCAAUCAAGUCAUCAUUAUUCACUGUCGAUCCAAAAAAUCUUGCCGUAGAUUUCGCCUUAAACAUUUCUAUUUUUGAUUACACGACAUUUACUUUUGAUCUAUCUCUGUUUAAUUUUUGAUUUCGUCUUCCGCAAUUCACGCAGAAAUCAAAAACUCUAAAAGAAAAAAACAACAUUCUCUAAACUUUUCUCUCUGUAUAUAUCUAACGAAAACCGCAACAGCAAUAGUUUCAUCAUUCACCGGAGAUCCGAAUCACAAUAACCGGCGCCGGUUUAAGAGAUAGUUCCGGUACACAUGUGUUGUUGACGCGGAGGAGCGAAAUUCUGGGAAUGGGUUGUGUCAACUCGAAGCAGACUGUUUCUGUAACGCCAGCGAUCGAUCACUCUGGUGUUUUCAGGGACAAUGUUUGUUCUGGUUCCGGUAGAAUUGUGGUUGAGGAUCUUCCUCCGGUGACGGAGACGAAGCUUUUGUCGUGGUGGAGCAAGAGCGGGAAGAAGAGUAGUAGUAAAAAGAGCGGUAGUGAGUUGGGUAGCGAUUUCGGUGAGUUGAGUGAGUCUGGUCGAGCGAGUUCGAAUUGUAGGAGUGAGUCGGUGAGUUUCCGCCUCGGUAAUUUGAGCAAGUACCUUGAAGCUGAGCAGGUCGCAGCUGGUUGGCCUGCGUGGCUUAGCAACGUCGCUGGUGAAGCUAUUCAUGGUUGGGUUCCAUUUCGAUCCGACGCUUUCGAAAAACUCGAAAAGAUUGGACAAGGGACUUAUAGUAGUGUGUUCCGUGCAAGAGAGACUGAAACAGGGAGGAUAGUGGCUUUGAAGAAAGUUAGAUUUGACAAUUUUGAGCCAGAGAGUGUUAGGUUCAUGGCUAGAGAGAUUUUGAUACUUAGGAAACUCAAUCAUCCCAACAUUAUCAAACUAGAAGGUAUUGUUACUUCAAAGCUAUCUUGCAGCAUACAUCUCGUGUUCGAGUAUAUGGAGCAUGAUCUCACUGGUCUUCUUUCUAGCCCUGAUAUCGACUUCACUACUCCACAGAUUAAGUGUUAUAUGAAACAAUUGUUGUCUGGACUUGAUCACUGUCACGCACGAGGUGUGAUGCAUCGGGACAUUAAGGGCUCAAAUCUUUUGGUGAAUAAUGAAGGAAUAUUGAAGGUUGCUGAUUUUGGGCUAGCUAAUUUUUGCAAUGCUUCUGGGAAUAAGCAACCUCUUACAAGUCGAGUUGUGACUUUGUGGUACCGUCCACCUGAACUUUUGCUCGGGGCAACGGAAUAUGGAGCAUCUGUUGAUUUGUGGAGUGUUGGCUGUGUUUUUGCUGAACUUCUAAUUGGAAAACCGGUUCUGCAAGGGAGAACUGAGGUCGAGCAGUUGCACAAGAUAUUCAAACUUUGUGGAUCUCCACCUGAAGAUUACUGGAAAAAGUCCAAACUUCCUCAUGCAAUGCUUUUCAAACCACAGCAACAUUAUGAUGGUUGUCUCCGAGAAACCUUGAAGUUGAAAGGUUUAUCCGAUGCUGACAUCAAUCUUAUAGAAACUCUUCUUUCUAUACAGCCCCACAAACGUGGGACUGCGUCUACUGCCCUUGUUUCUCAGUAUUUUACUUCAAAGCCUUUUGCUUGUGAUCCCUCAAGUUUGCCUGUAUACUCGCCUAGCAAGGAGAUUGAUGCAAAGCAUCGAGAAGACACAACAAGGAAAAAAAUCAGCGGGAAUGGGAGACGUGGUACAGAAUCGAGGAAGCCAACACGAAAGCCCCCUGCAUUUGCUAAACUGGCACCAGCUGAGGAUGUACGGCACCACUCCCAGAAGUUUCAGAAACGUAAUGGUCAUUCAGUUCAUAAUUCGAUUGAUAGUGAUUCCACUUUAUUUGAGAAAAUGCAAAAGCCAUCAAAUCAUGAAAAGGAUGAAGCUUCUCAUGUGAAGAACGCAUCACAAGGAGAUGUGCCUUUCUCAGGGCCUUUGCAAGUCUCUGUAUCAAGUGGUUUUGCGUGGGCAAAGCGACGAAAAGAUGAUAUAUGUGUUAGAUCACAUAAUAGAUCUCUUUCAAGAGGUCAUAUUCCUAACCUGUUGGGACCUUCUCCUGCUUUCAGUGAGAAUACUGACGUUGACUCUAAAAACAAUGAGAAAGAAAAGGAAGAAAAACAUGGGGAAAGAACGGAUUCUCAAGACCGUGAGGCGUAUGAGAUGUUGAAACUUUCAAUGCUAAAGAAGUGGAGGCAACUUGAACGACCAGAUUCUUUUGGUGGUUCUGACGAGUAUCAUUCACAGGAACUGUCAUUGGAACUUUAUCAGCGAGAAGAAAAGGCAGCAAAGCUGGGUCAUUUGGUACGUUUGUAGAUUAUAGAAGCAACCCUUUUUUCAGCUUAUUAUAGAAAUUCCAGUUGAGAUACUAGAGACCAAGUAUACUUAGUUUUGCACAUCUCUACUGAGAGAAAUUAAGAACCUAGCUUUACCUUUCUUAUGCAAAUCUUAACUUAUAUAAAUCUGAAGUUAUGAUUUCUUGAAAUUUGUGAUAUGCUAGUUAUGUUAAGCUGUCUUGCUAAUGGCAGCGGUUUUGGGAUCACAUGUACCCCUUAUAAAGGAGUAAGAUAUGAAUUUCAAAGCUUCAUAUUGAUGUGUGACACUGACAUCAUAAAAAUCAGUAGAAAGAGAUCCUGAUUGCUAUAUGACUGAGUGUAGCUUUGUUGCUUUAUGUUUUUUCCCACUUUGUUACUUGAGGGGAAAACGUAGAAAAUGCAUGAUUGAGUUAAAAUCUUAGAGGAUAUUUUGAAAAACAUACUCAAUGAGGCUAAUGAGUUAAGAUCUUGACAGGGUUACGAAGACAAUGAUGAGAAAAUCGAAUUCUCAGGGCCCUUGUUGUCUAAAUCUUAUGGAGUUGAUGAGCUUUUGGAACGCCAUGAACGCCAAAUUCGCCAGUUAGUUAGAAAAUCGUGGUUCCAGAAAGGUAAGAAACAAGGGAAAUGAAUGACUCUGCAUAAACCUUUCUGUGUCAUGAAACAAGCUCCCCAAGUGGAUCUAGAAGAGAGCUCCUAGAACUCAAAAGACUAUAUGCAUUUUGAUGGUUUGAGAAAGACAACGUUAACAAGAUCUUCAGACAGAAACUGUGAUGGUGAAGCAAAUAUGGAGAAAGCCAUGAAGCAUUAUUAUUUUCUGUUAAUGUCAAUUUAUAAUAUAAUCUUCUCUAAUAAAUCAAAAUUUUGAGAAUAUGACAAUUACAGCGCAGUUUUCUGAUUUUUCAUGUAUAGGCAUAAGCAUAUCUAUAAAAUAUUCAAUUGUAGUAUAAAUAAAAGAUCUGGAUAUUUGUUAUACAGAAAUUAUUGAUUAUAAUCCAAAGUUGGGACACCAUCUCGUUUUGUGAUGUGUGGUGGUCACUGGUAUUUAAUGAUGUCUCGUGACGAUGGUGUAUGGGAGUGAUGUUGGAUUAUGACGUUUGUUGUUAUCAUCUUGUUUCAUUAUAUCAUCAGGAUGUGACACAUUAUGUUCAAGUUAUAUAAUCC